AUGCCGCCAGCCCCACUCAGCCUCUCGGAUGAGCGCACCCCGCUCCUCCCACCACCGCCGCACGUCCCAGCACCCGCCGUCGCCCCUCCUCCACCUCGACGACCCCGCUCCCAUCGUCGCCCGCACCAGCACCACGAGCCUCGGCCCCGGCCGCCUCGCUCCGAAGCGCUCUCUAUCCCUGCCCUCGCCCGCGCCGCAGCCGCUCUCAAAGCAGGCCACCUCCCGUCCACCACCCAGCUCCUCGCCCUCGCCGACCUCCUCCUCGAGUCGCCCUUCCUGGACGACGCCGCGACGGGCACAGUCUGGGAGCCGACAUACGGCGAGGGACGGCUCGGCACGGGCGGGCUCAGCCGCGAGGGCGAGAGGGUCCGCCUCGCCGUGCGCGAGUGCGUCGAGAGCGCGAGGGAGCUCGUCGAGGGGCGCAACCCGGUCGUUGUCGAGAGGGGCGAGGGUGACGAGGAGUGUGUGUCGGUGGGAGUGACGGGCGAGGGCGAGCUGGGGGACGGGUGGCAAGAGUUCUGGUGGCGGUACAGGGCGACCAAGGUCGAUGUUGAGCUACCUGAGCCGCACCUCCCCGUCCCCGACCGUUCUACCCUCCAGCAAAGCACGACCUCGCUCGUCAACCUCGCCCAGCUCUUUCUCACCUCGCCCGCGCUCCAGUCCCUCGUCACCGACAUCGUCCUCCUCGUCCGCGACACGGCCGACGUCGUCUUCGAGACGGCCCAAGCCAAGGACCAGCUCGGGCCCGAGACGGUCGACGCGCUCGAGCGGGUCGUUGAGGCGGCGGCAGAGGGGGCGGUCGGCGCGAGCGCGGUCAAGGCGCACGAUGCGGACACGGGCACGAUGAGCUCGAGGCCGGGCGCGAGGAAGGGCGAGGAGCGGGCUCGUGCCGCCGGCGGUCGAGACGAGGCGCUCGACCCGCCGGAGGUGGCCGCGCCGCUCGCGCCCGGCGACGAGCCCGCCGCGAGUGCGGCAUCCAGUCGCGUCGAGGGGGCGAGUCGGGACAAGGCGGCGGGCAAGGUUGAGCAGAAGGACUCGCAGGCGCUGCGGGACGAGUUCGUCGACCGCGUCAAGAAGAUCUUUCUGCAGCUCCAGGCGCAACCGCAGUACCAGCGCUCGAUGCAGACCCUCCUCGCCCUCGUCCGCGACUACGUCCGCACCGCCGUCGACAAAGCCUCGCCUCGCGUGCAUGUCGAGCCCGCCGCGUCUUCCUCCUCGCCUUCCUCGACAUCCUCAUCGCCCCACGUCGCUCAACCCGCACCGAUCGACGACGCCGACCCGACGCGUCUGCUCCUCCCCCUCCUCGAGCCCUUUACCGGCGGGCCCGGCUCUCUCGUUCCGCUCCGCCGCGCCGCGCACGCCCUCCUCUCCUAUCUCGACCCGUCCCGCCAAGAUACGUCGCCUUCCCGCCUGCGCGACCUCGCGCACUCGGUCGACGCCCUCGUCGAGAAGGCGCUCCUCGAGCCCGGGUGGAUCGGCAGCGCGGCGGCGCAGCGCCAGGUCGGCGAGAUGCACGACGGCCUGCGGGCGCUCGCGCGAGACUGCCCUGUCCUCGCGCAGGACGUGCAGCGUGUUAUCGCGUGCGUCGCCGCGGCGCUGCAGGUGCUCGCCGGCGACGAGCUGCUCGCGAGGUCGGUGCGCGCGCUCGCGGAGCUUGCGGGCGCGAUCGGCGCGUGGACGAUCGAGGCGGCAGGUACGGCGGCGAGAGCGGCAGGAGGUGAGGGCGUCGCGGCGGUGUGGGGCGACGUCGUCGAGUGGCUCGUGCCGAGAGUGCUCGGCGUGCUCAAGGAGAUCCCGCUCCCUCGGUUCGAGUUCGCGUCGCCGACCGUCUCGCUCGCGAUCGACCCGCCGUCCCUUCUCGCCACUUCCAUCAUUCCCUCGUCCAUCUCGCUCCAGCAGUCCACCUCCAUCACGUACCUUCCCUCCUUCGGCUCAGCCUCGGCCGCCCUCCCCGUCUCGGCCUCGCACCCGUCCGACCCCUCCCUCGCUCGAGCACCUGCAACCGCACGGACCGCCUCUGCGGCCUCGACGCUCGUCGCCGUCGAGGGCGUGCAGCUCGAGAUCAAGGACGUCGGGUACUACGCCUCGUACCACACGGGCAUCCCGUGCGUCGGCGACGUCACCGAGUCGGGCCUGCUCGACCUGCGCUUCGGCCGCCCGAGCGCGCCCGACGGCAGCUCGAGCAGCGGCGGCCUCGGCUUCGCCCUCGCCACCUCGACGCCCCCGCCACCCGGCGCCCGCACCCUAUUCACCUUGCAGCGUCACUCGACCGCCGUCGCGCUCGCCGACUUUCACCUCACGCCGCACUCGAGCUCGCACCCGUGGCUCGUAUGGCUCCUGCGCCCGCUCCUUCGCGUCGCCGUGCGCAAAGCCGUCGAGUGUGAGCUGCGCGAGGCGGUGCUCGAGCCUGGGGCAAAGUGGGUCGGCCGCGUCGGGUUCGAGGUGCGCGAGCGGGCCGAGGAGCUCCGAGCGAGGGCGGUGGAAGAGGCGCAGGAGGGUCGGGAGCGGGACGAGAGCGAGAUGGAGCGUCUGUGGCGCUGGGUGCGGGCGGCGUGGGACGUGCUCGCAGGGCGAGCCGUCGAGAACGAGGAGGACGAGGUCGACGAGUCGGGCAGCGACGCCUCGAGCGCGACGAGCGACGCCGACGGCGACGCUCACUCGGCGCGGCACCUUCACCUGAACCGUCACGGUGUCGCUAUCGACCUCGAAGCCGCCAAUGGCACCGCCGGCAUCGGCUCCGAGGGCGUCGUCCUGCCCGUCGGCGACGCGCCGAUCCCGCUCCCCGAGGGCCGCUCCCCGCCCAAGGGUCUCGCCCGAGCGGCGCGAGACGAGGUGCGGCACGAGGUGGAAGCGGGACAGGAGGCGGCCAAGGAGGCGAUGCGCGCUGUCGGCGAGGUCGGCGAGGAGGCGGAUCGGAGGCUCGGGCGCGAGGUCGACCUUCUCUAG